AGGACAAGAAUGCAUUAUAUCCGGAUUUAAGAAUCGCGACUUUCCUUUCUCUCUCUAAACACACUCUCUCUCUAAAAACCUACACCAAACCUGAGUUUACUUUUCACUACAGCACAAGAUCUAACCCUGAUACAAUCUCCAUGGAGGAACCAGAGAAGGGUUUAUGUGGAACAUCCGAAUCCACAGUAACUCAUGAGGAGAAAGUGGGGGGUGAAACCCUAGAAGGGUCUGUAGAUUGUGGUGGUCAGGUUCAGAUGGAGGGUUCAUUCUCUGAAGAGUUGGUUGGGGAGGUUGGGGCUUGUAAUGGGAAGGAUGUAAUGGUGGAGGUUUUGGGGUCUGAUGUGUACAUAGAUGGUGUUUGCACUCGUGGGAAUGACGCUGAGCUGAGCGGCGAAGUGGGUGGUGGUGGAUCAGUUGAGGGUGGGGAGGGUUUGGGUAAGGAUGCGAAGUCUGGAGGGUUAGGUAGUGGGGACUCUCAGGGAUUGGAAUCUGAAGAAGGUAGGAUUGAGAAUGUAGCAGUGGAAUUCGAUAAUGUCGUGUUCGGGAGGGAAGAGGGUGAUAACACAGUAGUUGGUAGCGGUGAAGUUGAUUCUGCAUCUUUGCGGGAGGAGUCUGUUUUGGAUAAUAAUAGAGUUCAGGAAGAAGUGGGAACUGGGGUUAGCAACAUUGAAGUGGCGGAUGUUGGGGUUGAGUGCACGGAUGCACCAGAUGCUGGAGCCUCAGAUCAUGAAGUGACAAAUAGUAGAUUUGAAAAUGCUUUAGGAUGCCCAUUAGCAGGUAGUUCUGUAGGAGGAGAAAAUGUACGGGGUGGAUGUGCUGAAAAGGAUAAUGGAGCGAUAGCAGAUGGAAAUGAUGUGACCUUAGAUGAAGAGAAGGACAUUGCUGACUUGGAAAGUGAUAAAAUAGUGGAGAAAGAAGCAUGUAUUGGUGGCAAAGUUGAAUCCGAGGAAAAGUUAAAUUCAGAUGGAGAUCAGCCAAUGGAGAUUGAUAAAGUUGGUGGUGGCUCCAAUAAUGAACUAGAAGAAGUGGUUUGUGGAACUGAAGUUGCAGUGGAAAAUGUACAGAGUGCAUGUGCUGAGAAGGAUAAUGGAGCAAUGGGAGAUGGAAAUGAUGUGACCUUAGAUGAAGAGAAGGAUGUUUCUGAAUUGCAAAGUGAUAAAAUAGUGGAGAAAGAAGCAUGUGUCAGUGACAAAGUUGAAUCCAUGGGAAAGUUAAAUUCUGAUGUAGAUCAGCCAAUGGAGAUUGAUAAAGUUGAUGACGGCUCCAAUAAUGUACUAGUAGAAGAAGUGGUUGGUGGAACUGAAGUUGCAAUGGGCACGGAUCAUUUGAAUUCUGAGGAAGAACAGUGCUUGAGAAAAUGUACUGAAAAGGUUAGUUCAGAUACAGGGCAGGGAAUAGUGGAUAAGGAUUCAAUAAAAGAAGUGGAGUUAAACAAGAAUAUUUCUGAUGCUGAAAAGUGUGGUUUACGUGAGGGGAUAGAAGCAGAAGCCGAAGGUCAACCAGAAACAGAAAAGACUAAACUAUUGAACCACACUUCAGAGAUUGAAGGAGAAGACACUCAGAUUGCUGACCAGGAUAACCUCGCACUGAUGGAUGCUGGAGAGGAAAAAGUCCAUGAUGAGUCCAAUAUUGGGCAAAACGUUGAAGUACAAGCUGGCAUUUCUGAGCAGGAUGGUUCAAAUGAUGGUCAGGAAGUUGAAGUUGAAGAAUUUAAUGAACCUGAACAGAGAAAAGCAGAAGGAAGAGUCACAAGACGUUCAUUAAUGAAGCCUGUGAGUUCAGAAAUAUUUCAUCAUGCAAGAUAUUUGCUGCCAACAGAAAAGGAAGGUAAUUUUUCUGUAUCUGAUAUGGUUUGGGGGAAGGUGAGAAGCCACCCAUGGUGGCCUGGGCAGAUAUUUGAUCCAUCGGAUUCGUCUGAGAAAGCAAUGAAGCAUUAUAAAAAGGACUGCCAUUUGGUAGCAUAUUUUGGGGACAGAACAUUUGCUUGGAAUGAAGAAUCUCAGCUAAAACCUUUUAGGACACAUUUCUCCUCUAUUGAAAAGCAGAGCACUUCAGAAUCAUUUCAGAAUGCUGUAGAUUGUGCUCUGGAUGAAGUCAUAAGACGAGUAGAAUAUGGGCUGGCAUGUUCUUGUAUUCCUAAAGAUACCUAUGACUCCAUUAAAUUCCAGACUGUAGAAAACACUGGGAUUCGACCAGAAGUAAAUUGCAGACAUGGGGUGGAUGAAUCUCUAAGUGCCAGCUCCUUUUCACCUGAUAAGCUUAUAGAAUACAUGAAAACACUAUCUGAAUUUCCAACUGGUGUGUUUGAUCGUUUGGAGCUUGGAAUUGCUAAGGCUCAAUUACUAGCAUUCUAUCGUUUUAAGGGUUACUCUUGCUUGCCAGAACUACAAUAUUGUGGAGGUUUUGAUGAUGACAUGGACACCUUAGCUCACGAUGAUGAGAAUCAAGUUAUUGAUCAUGCAGCUCCUAGAACCGAGAAUGAUGAACAAGUUGGUUCUGGAAAUUUAAAAAACCAAAGCAGCUCACGCCGCAAACGGAAGCAUAAUUUGAAGGAUAUUAUGAAUGAAACAAAGAAGGAAAGAAGCUUGUCAGAGCUAAUGGGUGGGACUCAAGAUUCUCCUGAUGGUGAUUAUUGGUCUGAUGAGAAGGUAACAGAUGAACUGGUUUCACCUGGCCGUUCCAAAAGAAGAAAGACUGCUGAUCACUAUGAUGAUGACUUUGGGAAGCAAGAUGGAAGAAAAACAAUUUCUGUUGCAAAAGUUUCUAAUGUUGCAAAGCCGUCAUUUUUAAUUGGUGACCGUAUUCGUAGGGUUGCUAGUAAACUUACUGGUUCCCCCUCUAUGAUAAAGAGUUCUGGUGACCGGUUUCAGAAGACAGACAUAAGCACUGAUGGUUUUUCUGCAAAUGGAUCUGAUGUUUCCCUUGAGGCGGCUCAGAGGUCAAGUAUGGUUGCUCCAACAGAGUAUUCGUCUCUGGAUGAUUUGCUAUCUUCACUUCACUCAGUGGCACAAGAACCCCUUGGAGAUUAUAGCUUCCUGAAUGCUAUUGUGAGCUUCUUCUCUGAUUUCAGGAAUUCAGUAACUGUGGCAGAUGAUUCUGUAAAAGAUAUCUUUUGUACAGAUAAAGUUGGUACUAAAAGGAGGAAACCAACCAUUUCUGGACCACCUGAAACAUUUGAAUUUGAGGAUAUGAGUGACACAUAUUGGACAGACAGGGUCAUUGACAAUGGCAGUGAAGCGCAGCCAGCACAACCCUCACAACCAUCACAGCCUCUGGAACCAUCGCAACCAGCACGGAGGAAGCGGAAAAAAGACAAUCAACUUGUUCCUGCUGAGCCAGGGAAGCCUGUUCAAGUUAGUCGUAGGCCAUAUUCCAGGAAACAAUAUUCUAACAGCAAUCAUGUUGAGGUUCCUGAGAAACCUCCUGGUUAUAUAGAUGAGAAUGCCCCUGCUGAGCUUGUUAUGAACUUUGCUGAGUUGAAUUCUGUUCCCUCAGAAACAAACCUUAAUAAAAUGUUUAGGCGAUUUGGACCUCUUAAGGAAGCAGAGACAGAAGUUGAUACAGUAAGCAGCCGGGCAAGAGUGGUUUUCAAAAGGUGUUCUGAUGCAGAGGUUGCUUGUAGUAGUGCUCAAAAGUUCAACAUAUUUGGUCCAAUACUUGUAAAUUACCAGCUUAAUUAUACUCCAAGUGCAUUGUUCAAAGCUUCGUCUGUUGCUGCAACACAGGACCAGGAGAUGCAUUUUGAUCUCUCCAAUUUUGAAGUUAAUAUUGGAAGCGUUGACGAAGAUGUGGCAGCUAAGUUUGGCUGAAUUAAUUGCUGAAACAAAGUUUUACCAAGUGGCUGCUGAAGUAGGUAGGUUACCAGAAUGUUAAUUAUCUGGCCAUCCAUUUUUCUGUUAAGAGAUAUUUUUGACUGUAGGAUUCCUUUUGUUGUAGUUCCGUAGUAUGUAAUUCAUUUUCUAGUUUUCUGUAUAGCCCUGUCACCUGACCCUAUUUUGUAGUUGCCAUCAUUCUCCAUCAUGAUUGUUUUGAAUUCUGUAGUCUGAUCUGAAUCCUGGUUUCUGUAUCAAUAUGAAAUUAUAGUUAAUCUUCAGAGGGAUAGAAGUUGGCGCUAAUCAUAUUGGUUGUGUCACUGUCGGUAAUUUUUCAGUGCAGGAGUAUGUUUAUUUUUUACUUAUGCUUGCCAAAAUCUUCAUAUAUUAGAUAUUUUGAUACACUGAUGAAGGAGGACUGUAAAAUAGGAAUGUGAGAUCGAGCAGAAUUCAAGUACUAUGCAAAUGUGUGGUCGAUAUUUUUGAGGAAGUAAUGUGAUCAUUUUAGCAUGUUUUA